AUGUCGUCGUCAACCACCACCACCUUCACUCUCCCCAACACUCCCUCCAACAUCCCAAUAACCCACCCCUCCACACUCACCCAGGACCAACUUCUCGCCUUCCCAGCCUUCAAGACCUGGCUGAGCACACUGCAAAGGAGCCUCUCGCUCCAGCACACCUCACCAUCCCACCCGUUCCACGAGUCAGCCUACGCUCUGAGAUCCAUCGAGAUCCAAUCCGUCGACUUCUUCUCGGGCCACCGUCUGGGUUUCCUCAAGUUGAAGGCCACCGUGACAAACGACAAGGGCGAGUCUUUGCCGGGAUCGGUGUUUAUGCGAGGCGGGAGUGUUGCCAUGCUGAUCAUCCUGACACCGUCUGGACAACCAUCCUCGAGGACGACGACAACGACAACGUCCAAGGAACCGCCCCAGCCAGAAGACGACGACGACGAAGAGUACGCAAUUCUGACAAUCCAGCCCCGCAUCCCAGCCGGCUCGCUCGCCUUCGCCGAACUGCCCGCCGGCAUGAUCGACGACAGCGGCACGUUCGCGGGGGCGGCCGCCAAGGAAAUCCACGAGGAAACAGGUCUGGAGAUUUCCACCGACGAACUCAUCGACAUGACGCAACUCGCCGCCUCCUCGCUCUCGCUCUCCCUCACUGACACUCGGGAGAAGAGUGGCUCGGAAGAAGAACAGCUACAGUCCGCCAUCUACCCGUCCCCAGGCGGCUCCGACGAGUUCAUCCCCAUCUUCCUCGCCCGCAAGACCCUCCCGCGCCACCAGAUCGAGGCGUUAAAGGGCAAAUUGACCGGCUUGAGGGACCACGGCGAGAAAAUCACGUUGAAGAUCGUCAAGUUAAACGACGUGUGGAAGGUCGCGUGGAGAGAUGGCAAGACCUUGGCAGCCAUGGCGCUCUAUCAGGGCUUGAAGGGGGAGGGAAAGCUGUGA